AUGCUCGAUGCUCAGCCGCCUGGAGCUGGUACAAGGAAGUCCCAAACCGCCCCGUAUGCCGAUAAAGGAAAAACAGACGCUCGACAGAAUCCUCAGAGGUCCCUAAGGGAGGGUCCCAAUGGGGCACCUGCUGUCAUUGAUCUAACUUGCACGUCAUGCACAGCAGAAAGCAACAGUAAGCCGAAAUCAAAUCAGAUAGGUUUAGGCAUAACCGCCAGCCCCCCUAAGAAGCGCACAGUUGACAAAUUAGAUAACCAUAAAGACAACUCCGACGCACUCUUAGCCUCCAAGGCGUCUGGACGCCUUAACCGCCUUCGCUCGCCUGGCACGCACCAAAUAUCCCCCGAUCUCGCUCGAGAUGCGCCCUCUUCGGCAACACCAGCUGAUAACAAGAAAGCUGUGUCAAGUAGAAGUGCUAAAGCUAAUGCAAGAAAGAAGACAACCAUGCAGUCGGGCAAGGCUGAUAACCGCAAUUUCAGCUUAGGCACAGCGGUGAACGGGAAAUGGACUGAUAAGUUUGAUGAUCGGCUACCCGGCUAUUACACUGCGCGAGCUACUGCCCAUUUGAAAUACAUAGUUCAAGCUGCAAAGGAAGUUGAUGAUUCUCAAGACCAGAUACCAAGAUUGGAGAAAAUGGCCGAGGAAUUGGACAAUCUUCCAGGACUUUCCGGUAAGGAUAGGAAGAACGCACGCAAACGAAUCAACCGGUUAUUAGAGACUCUCGAGUUUAUGGGUCAACCAAGGCUUAGCCGGGAGGAACCUCAACACCAUGAAGAGGAUGUGGAUGAAGAGUCCAAUGGAGAAGAGAAUGAAUCCCGAUCCGAGCGUUCCUCCUCUACCGGGAACGAUUUAGAGACAGAAGUAGAUGAAGAAUCUACAGCUGCCAAGUCAAAAGCAGUCAAUAAAGACGAGGAGAAAAAUGCAAGUGACGGUAAUGGGAGCGAGAGCGAGAGCGCGCACAAUAACGAAGAGAAUGACGAGGAGAGAAGUGAUAGUGAAGAUGGUUCGGAGCAAGACGAUGAGGAGAAAGAGGAAGAGAAGGAAGACCGUACGAGGCUUCGAGUACGUAUAUCUCCCUCUCUCUCAGAUGCUGGAGACGAGAGACUGUCCGCCACUGGGCCUCGACGAUCUUCUAAGGGGACUGUCCGUGAUAAAUCCCCAUCUAUCUACUCGGUUCCUUUGUCUGGAUCUGAAGCCCCUAAGCCUGAGUCAGAUAAAUCUGAAAGCGGUAGUGAGAGUAGCAGUGGAGAAGAGGAGGAUGAUGAAAGCACGCCUCGUGCUAAAGUAGUCUCGAAGAAUACCCCCAGCCAGGAAUCAUCUGCUGCUUCUGAGUCUAAUGAACUGGAGUCAGUUAGCAAAGGAAAUGCGUCUGAAUCGAGAGCUACCACUCCAUCCGAGAAAGAUGCUGAUAUUAAACCCAACGGAACCCAGCAAGAAGAGGUAGAAAAGGGAGAAUCGGAGAAAUCUGGUAGCAGUUCUGAGGAAGAAGAGGCAGAUGAGAGCGAUGAAGAUAGUGAAGAAGGCAAAGCUGAAAAAUUUGAGGAUGCGAAAGAAGGCUCUGAAUCUGACGAAGAGUCCGACUCAGCAGGUGAAGAAGCAGCCGCAUCCAACGCGGAUACAUCAAAAAUGCCAACAGCAAAGAAACAAAUCACUCUCUUUGAAGACUCUGACUCUGGCUCUGGCUCCGGCUCCGACUGCUCCUCUGGCUCAGAAGGAUCAGAUAUUCAAUACCGCAAGCCAACACCCAAGGACGAUGACACUGAGGCGGCACAGCAGCUCGCUACCGAACAAGACAUGCAAAACAAAUUGCCAACUGCUCCAACGCCUCGCAGAAAGGUACAUGUGUUGAAACGAUCUCAGACACCGCUACAUAGGCCAUUCAGGCCAGGACAAGACUCGGCUCACAACAAGACGAAUCCAGCCAGCUCUCCACCUGUGGAGGACAAGUCGACCAAACCGGACUUUAUCACCUUCUCACAGCCUGCGCCAACUGCAACCAGGCCCCAGUCAACGCCCACAGGAUCGAACCCAGAGCGCAACAGCAAUGGACUUAAGGGUCUCCUCGUGGGCAAGUCUACCAGGAAUAUGUUUGGGUUAUCUAGAUCACCAGCUGUCUGA